AUGGGCCACGAGUUUCUGCUGUUGCUGCUGGAGGCCUUCAUCUAUGAUCCCGUGGUGGACUGGGCUGUGCGAUCAGCCGACAAUUCGCGCCUUCAAGUGGAAGUGAUGUCUGCGUUGCGUGCGCUGAGUGUACGUGUGGCCGAAGUGGAGACUGACCUCAAACGCAAUGCCGUGGAGGUGCAUGAGAAGGCCAUUCCCAGCCUACUGGAGACCCUUACACAAGCCUAUGCGAGGCAGCACGAUCUGGUUGGGCACGCCAACAUGGUUGUCAUGACAACCAACCGGGAGUGUGCGUUGCAGGAGGCUAUACAACAACACGGCGACAUACACACGCGCAUCAAGAAUGCUCGUGCCGCCGAGAAACAGGCGGGUGAGAGAGAGAAAGCGCUCAAACGCACCAUCCAGCAGAGGUUGAAGGAUGCGACAGCCGAAGUGACUCGCGUGCAGGACGCCUUCAUGCCAAUCCGUGAACACAUAAAAGCCAAUGGUGGACAAUUAACCAGGAAGAAAACCAGUUCCCAUUCCGGUGUGCCACCUUUCUUAACGGCGUGGCUCAAGGGCUGCGACAAGGAUUUGCGCAAGAGAUACACUGAGGCUGUGAAAGUUCGUGAUCGCGAAGUGGCCGCCGCCGAAGCAACGUACCAGCAACUGAGCACAGCCGUGCAGACGUUGUUUGCCAUGGAGGCAUACAGCCCUCCUAUUGGCUCUCAGAUAGUGGCGCGCAUAUUGAAGCCCAUAGCAGGUGCCAAUGCGUCCCUUGAUCACAUCCAAUUCGCUAAGCGUGCAGUGGCUACGCUGCUGCAGUCAUGGCCACCUUCAACAACAGCACAACACCACAUCACGACAGUACAUACAAGCAUGGGUCGGCUCAUACGUACGUUGACAGAUUCUGCUAAGGCCAUACACGCCAUUCGGACCAGUGACUGUGAACAAACCGAUCAGGCGAUGGUGUCGGCUUGUCAAUACAACGAGCGCCAACUGGUCUCAUACGCCACCACUCAGGACGAUUCGAAGACGGGAAUGUCCAGCGCCAUGGCGGCCGUUCUCACGGCAGUUGGCGUAGCACUAACAUCACCAGACACACUCUCUCCCCCACAAACACACACGCACACAUACACACACACACACGCGCAUGCACAGAUACGCACACACACACAUGCACAACCACGGGAGAAGGCAGACACGGCUGCAACCCAGGGCAAAUCGGCAACGGACAGUCUGAGAGGGAUGCGCGUGGGGUGCUGCACUGUACGAAAGUUAACUGACACUGUGCACACGUUAGUCAGUGGAGUGCAGAGGCGCCUCCAACGCACACGCGCCACGACACAGGACCAACAGACGGUACAGGAAAGCGACAGCGACAACGAUGCCACGGCACAGAGCAUCGCCGAGGAUACCGAGAUGUCGUGGGUGUCAGAAACGUGUCAGGCGUUGACGGCCGUGUCAUCGCUCUUCUGUGACUCAUCGCAUGCAGUGCUCGCACUAGCCACGCACUUUGACACGACUUACGUGCCACAACUGAUCGAGCAUUUCGUGUGGGGCGACGUUGCCAUGGCAACCACCGGUGGCGGCAACACAGCAACCGCCGGCCGAGACCAGAGAGAGGAAAUUGGUGAGGAGUUACUCUCAAACGCCAACGGGAGCGUAAAGCGACUGAGCGAUGGCACUGUCGGCGGCAAUGGUGCAACCUCGACACGCGACAGUAUGGGUUCUGAUUUUGCCAGAGAUAUGGUUGCCAUGGCGACGCUGGCCGUGGAUGCGAAGGAGUGUGCGCGGGGUCUGGGGCUGAGACUGUUUGCGACUGCUGCAGACGGCACUCAGGCGCUGACGGAUGUGAGCAACGUGAAUGCAAACACACACGGGCGAGAUGCCUUCGAUGUCGCAUCUGCUGUGUCUGGACUGAGACGGAGAUAUCGUGCGCUGCUGCUGAGGCCAUGGGCAGCCCCACUGCGCAAUGUGGAUGCGAAUUUCAAAAGCGUAGAACAGCAGUACGACAGUCUCGCAAUGGAGUGCGAUGUCAACUCAGCAGCACAGCCCCACGCCACACAACAGCUUCUCACGCAGCAGCCACCUGCCCACACCACCACCCACACCUCUACACACACACCCACACACACACAACCACCCACACACAACACCACGCGAGUGGGGGAGAAUCAACACAGUGCACACGUGCGUGAUGGGGCUGAGGAUGGCGCAGGCUAUAGUUCGCGUGAUGUCUCGUGGCUGCUGCGUGUGGUGGCUGUGUGUGGGGCGGCUGCGGACGUCUAUGCGUUUGGCCGUGUGCUGAGAGACUUCAGUGGCAAUGGAAUUGAAGCGCAAAGCUUAGACGACGUCCAGUCAGCUGUAGAGUCACUGCACUCAGCUGUGCGUGUGGGUGGGCUGCACCAGUUCGCAGCACACUUCUUCCAUCAGCGGUUGGCGGGUGUACUUGAUAGUGUCAUUGACUCGACCACCCGUGUGGUCGCCGCCACCGUCACGAAAGCCUUUGGUAACCAUGGUAACCAUGGCAACCAGGAUGACGACACAAGUGCUGCCACUGAUGCUCACGCCCACAUGGCCACAGUCACAAGUAGGGCACUCGCCAACGGCACCUUCAAAACGACUGAACGCGCCGAGGCUGUGCGAUUGGUCCACGAGGUGGUCUCUUCCACCAAGCUACACAAACAACUAACCUCACGGACCAAUGAGAUGGCCGCAAUAGAAAGUAUCGUCCAAUCAGCUGUCAGUUUGCAGAGGCGCUUUGAAUGGCGGCACGAAACGGUUAUUGCAUACCACUGCAUUCACACACAGAUCAACACUCAGGCAGAUAUACAUCCAGACCCCCAGUGGAUAUUACCAAGACGCAGUGACGUAGUGCACACACUGCAGACCUGUGCCAAGACACUCACCUCAGCCAGCGACACUCGGCGCAUAGCGGAGGAGGCUCUGUUACGCAUAGAGAAAGAUAUCAAAGGUAUGCUCGCCAGAAGUAGCAGUACACGCAGAGGUACGUCUAAUAACACUCCAGCGAAGACACGCGGGAACGGAAGUGCUCAGAGGAAAGGGCGUAAAGAGAAGGCAGACGCGAAGGACGCGACAGAGCGUGCGGGCAAUACCGGCACCGCGCUACCCGCACCCACACCCACACCUAUGUCGCUUCAGCAACAGUUCGGUACAUGGAUGCGUGCACGAGCGCAUGCAGAUGCGGCAGACGCAGACAAGUACAGUCUACUGGUGAAGACGAGAGGGGGGUCUGGCAGUGGGGUUUGUGCGGCCUUGAUAAGGGUCUACGGCUCGGAUGUGCUGCCGCCAUCGGUGCUGGGGCAGAUGGCUUCUCUCAAAUCAACCAAUCAGAGGUAUGUUUUGUUUGAAUAA